AGGAGAAGGAGAGAGGGAGUCACAGGAACAACCAGAACCAUUGGAAAUACAACAGCAAAAGGAAAGACAAGAGAAAGAUCCUGUGCAUGUAGAAACAACCAAAGGAAAGGAAGAUAAGGAGCAAAUUGAUGGGAAUGACGUGUUAGUUUAUACCCCACCUGUUGCUGCUGAAGUAUUGAAUAAACCAACCACAGAGGCUAAAGAUGAAGUACAGUCCACUGGUGUAAUGAAGGGUGUUACAUAUGCUGGAAUGGUAUAUUAUGAGGAGAAAGGUGCGAAGGAUUUAUUCACUUUCACUGCAGCUAAGAAAUUAGAUGCUCUCAUUGAGUUUAUUAAGAAAGAAUAUCCUCAAGCUAAACGAGAACUCAAUGUUUACUUUCGUAUUGCAUCUCCUUAUGGUUUUAUUGAGUUAAAGUUUGAUGCUCCACAAGAUGAACCAUUUACUGGAUGGAGUAUUAAACCUCGCAUGACACCUUGCAAGGUAUAUCAAGAUGAUAUUAACAAUUUUGGUGAUAAAGAUUAUCCUCUUCCUCCAUCUUGUCCAAUAUCAGUGUAUGGAUCACCUGAUGCUGUUCCUACACUAAAUUACUCUGUACCACUGGAAGGUGUGGUUCGUCCUGUUACACUAGUAAUUCAGGCAUCUCUGAGAACAACAAAUACUGCAUCAUCCACUAGAGGAGCUAGUCCACCAGCAACUGUUAAUCUUGAUAGAGCUAAGAAAAUCAUUAAUGAUGUUCUUGUAUCUCAUUAUGCUGAUCUCAAUUCUCUUAAGACAUCUCUCUCAGAUCUUGCCAGUCAGUUAUAUGCAGCUCAUCUUAUUAGUGAUGAAGUCAGAGAGACUUGUA